UAGAUAACGGAUGGGUGAAAAUACACUCUUGCAGUACACGUCAGAGGCAACCGUGGGGUCCUUUCUUUCUUAUCCAAAACCAAAACCAGCGAAACCACCGGCCCCGCCCUUGACCAAAACUAGUCCGUCAGCCGGUGGCUCCCGCUCCCCUCGCUGCCGCUCGUAACUGGGGAAGGCCGCAACCCCCUCGGGCAGGCAGCGGCUACCCCCACCACCACCAGUGCACCACCACUCCACCAGCGUGGCAGCGACGUUGCUGCUGUCGGCCCGUACGUCCUGGCGUGUCCUUGGCCUACUUAACCCGCAAGGACACGCCGCCAUUCCGCAGGGCGAGCUCAAGCCUCAAGCUGGGAUUGGCCCGUCGGCAGAACAAGUGCACGCGGGACCGGGCAACAUUUCCCGCUGCAGCCAACAAGCAGAGGGGGCGACGAUAUAUAGCCACGGGCGGCCGUUGCUGGAUCCGGCAUCUUCCUCGAUCGGCAAGACGAUAGGAUGGGGUUCCACCUGCUGGCGUUCGUGGCGGCGAGGGGCCUCAUGCAGGCGUUCAACCUGUCGGCGCCGCUCAGCCUCCGGCUGCCGCUCGCGCGCCACCUGCCGGAGGCCCUCGCCGUCCUGUACGGCGUGCUCGCCGCGCAAGCCGCGUGGCUCAACGGCGCCCUGGCGCGCGGCGCCGCCUGGAGCCACAGCGGGAGCCGGGGCGGCGUCGACGAGUACGUCCGCCACGCCAUGCUCAGCGUCUACGACUGAGACCACCGGCGGAAGGUCGACGGACAGCAGGCGCCACGCGAGGGCGCUUCUAGCUGCUGUCCCUGCCCCCGUCGUGCUCGUGGUGGCAAGUGCACGCCGCGCCGGCGCCGGCGCCGCCCUCUGCUAGCUAGCGGCGACUAGCAGCGUAGAUCUUUGUAAUUCAUUGCUCGCUCGCUCGUUUGGCGUUCCUUCUUGUUCGUAGCAUGAUUUUUGAUAGCAUCGAAAAGGUUUGGGAGGUUGCUCUCUGUAACAUGCAAUUGCAAGCCGUCGGUGGUAGCUAGUGGCUGGUAAAUUAAAUACAAGUGAUGAAUUCUGUUA